AUGAUUAAACUUUUUACUUUGUGGAUUACUUGUUAUCUUGUGCGAAAUGUCUGGAGCGAUUGUUUCUUACGAAUUCCGGAAAAUAAAGAAAAUGCUCCGUUGUGGCAAAAGAAGGUCGGAGAUCUUGGGUUCAAAAUUCCUUAUAUAAGCCAUCGCUUAAGACUGCAAGACGGUGAAGUCAUUAACGGAUAUUGUGCUACUAAAUUUAGAGAUAUCGGUUAUAAUGUCAAGGUUGCAGUUUAUUGCACGCAUUACGAUCGCGAAUGCCAACGUUCUCGGAUACGCACGGAAACGAAAUACUUGAGUAUAAAUGAAAGAAAUGUAACCCUUGUCUGUGACGGAAGUUCAUUGAAAUACAAUUCAAACCUUUUGGGCGAGGAUACGAUGUCAUGCAACGACGUUAAAUGGUCAAUAAUUAUGGAAUUAAAUCGUGAUGAAGAGAGUAAAAAGUCUUGGUGCAAAGAAGAUUAUCAAACAUUUGAUUUAUCCACCAACAAUUUGGAUCAAAAUCGCAUUUUAGCUAAAAUCUGCUUUGACGUUUCAUUACGAUCGAUAAAAUAUAAAACAAUUGAACGCAAAACGAAAAUAUGGAAUGAAAAGAAAUUUUCGCCUGUUGCAGUGAAUGACUUGCCGGAAGCGGCAAAAGUAUCUAGCGAAGUGAAAUUUCUAAAUACCACGAUUCUUCAUAUCGGAAACGAAGCUUUGCAACGCAAUUUUAAAGUAUUGCAUCAGAAAAAUUAUUGGUUACAUUUGGCUAACUAUGCAUACGGAAGCAUUAUUCAAAAUGAUCCAUUUAUAAAUUAUUUCAAUCAAUACAAUCAACUGUUAGAUAUUUUAUGGUGGCAAAACUUACGCUUAACCAACUGGCGACGUUUCCUGGAUGCUUUACAGCAGCAUACAGCUAAUAAUAGUUAUGAUGUCUACAUGGGUACAUUCGACGUGGUGCAGAUACCGUUAUGGUCAAAUCCAAAGGAGUCUGAGUAUUUAGAAGUUCAGAAUGGUAUCGCGAACACUACCGUGCCUCAAUACAUUUGGAUGUAUUUAGGAUCAACUAAUGGCAAAAACCCUGAUUUAUAUGUGUUCGCCUAUAAUUCACCUUAUGCUUCGUUUUUCGAGCCAAAAGUGAAAUUUUGCUCAGAUGUCUGUAGCAAAAUUAAUUGGCUGGAGAGUGCUCAUUUUUCGUUCGGUUAUGCGAAUUGUGGUAUUAUAUUCUGUUGUACACCUGACGCAGUAAAGCAAUCUGCAUAUGCUACGAAGUUACCAAACAUAUCGAUAAGUCGGGCCAUGGAUACACAAGCAGACAAAAACAUUGCUAUUCCAGUCGAAGCGAUAAAAAAUGAAGUAAAGUCCGAAGAAGUAGUGGCAGGAAAUAAACAAGAUUUUCCGAACAAGGAUAUGUUACAUAAUGCACAGCAUGUUAUGACAAAUGCAUUUGAACAAAAACCAAACGAAUUCAUAAUGAAAGCAGAGAGGCCAAAAAUGACAGAAGAACUCAGAAAAUUAAAUACACUCGAAAGUCUUGUCUACUCCAAUCGCGACAGCGAUACGGAUUUUACUGAAGGGAACUCUGGUUAUUAA